AAUCAGUUCACCCAGAAUCCUGCGCGAUUCGGUUCCCGAGGCGGGGAGCGUCAUUGAGGCUGAUCAGAGAUUCACGGCACGUGGAUCCGCUUCAUGCGCACCCCGGGGUUUGCUGCUCUUUAAAUCCACCUGUUCACGCCCCCCCGUCGCUGGUUUAUUUUUUAACCCCUUGUGACUCGAGAGGAGCUCUCAUACCGCCACACGGACACGCACGCACGCACGGCGGCCGCGGACUGAAUGGAUUACCUGGUCGUCUUUGCGCACUAACCCCAUCACUAUUUGAGACUCCGAAGUCACAUCGCACGAUCCGUCUGGAGAGCUUCGGCUUUUUCUCCUGCAAACGUUGCAAACACGGGGUGAAGUCAUGGUGCCGGCAACGCAUCGGCGUCUCAUGGCACCGUGAGGACUUCCCUCCCGUGUCUCCCUCCGUUCUUCCUUUUUUCCCUCGUCUCUUUUGGGUGUUUUUUUCUUUAGAUGUGUGUCAGCGGGGAUAAGCUCCGCCGUUUCCCCUUUCAAUUAUGUUCACUUUUGCUGCCUUCUGCUACAUGCUGUCUCUUGUCCUCUGUGUGUCCCUGAUCUUCUUCGCAAUAUGGCAUAUUACAGCUUUCGAUGAGCUCCAGACUGAUUUCAAGGUGCCGAUCGAUCAGGGCAACCCACUACAUGCGAGGGAGAGACUGCGGAACAUCGAAAGGAUCUGCAACCUGCUAAGGAAGUUGGUGCUACCAGAGUACUCCAUCCAUGGACUCUUCUGCAUUAUGUUCCUGUGUGCCCAGGAGUGGCUGACGGUGGGCCUCAACAUCCCCCUGCUCUUCUACAACACGUGGAGUAGGUACUUCCAUUCCCCAACGGACACGAAGGAGCUACUCUAUGACCCGGCAUCGGUGAUGAAUGGCGACACGCUCAAGUUCUGCCUAAAGGAGGCCUGGUGCAAGCUGUCCUUCUUUGUCCUCUCGUUCUUCUACUAUCUGUACUGUGUCUGGAACCUGGAUAUAUCCCUCUAAUAGGUCUUAUCAAUGGAAACACUAAAAGUAUGAUCCACUCCUGGGUUACCUCAUAACAACUGAUUUAUCAGCAACAGGAAAGAGAGAAAGACGCCUCCAGGAUACACGCGCUGCCACUGUCUUGGGUCUAGAACUGAAAGACAGGUUAUUUGAAAGAAGAUUACAGGUGGGGUGGGGUAUUGAAGCUUCUUUUCAGUUUCAUUUGUACAUAAAAACUGAAGCCUAGAAGUCCUGUUUACAGAUUGAAUGGUUGUAGCGAGGACCCGAUGUCACCAUUGCCUGGCCAACGUUUGUACCACACACACGUCCACAGCCUCCUGGUGGUACUGUUUACUUACUGCACGGUAGCAGUGGCGGUAGCCCCGGAGGACAGAAGAGCACAGUAGCGUUUGCACAGUUUGUCUCAGGCAAAGCAUGGCGGAGUGCUGUGUCCACCCCCCCCCCCCCCCCCCCUUCAUUCGACACCUCACCAACCCGUAGCUUUAGCAGUGAGCCUUGAAACGAGGGACGGAUGGAAAAAGUGGACGCACGGAUAACCCUGUACAGAUAAGAGACGGGUGGGUGUGGAGAGGUUGGGGUGGGGGCACCUGAGCAGCUAGUACUCAGCCUCCCCCCCCCACACACACACACACACAGAAUGGCACACACAGUCCAAGGCCUGUGGGUUGGUCUUUCUGACAUUAUGGCUUUUGUGACGUGUGCAUUUUAGUGUAUUCAUAAACAAAGGCAUCCAAUUGAAAGCAAAGCGGUCCUCUAUACAACUAAUGCCUUCUUAGUGUUGUCCUUAGUGUCGUUCUACUGUGGCAAACUUUUCUAAAAACUAAAGACUGACACCUGUUCGGGCUUUUAUAGAGGGACCACACAAUCUUUGCACAAAUAUGUGUAUUUGAACUUGCACAGUAUUCACACUAUUUGGCUAUGUAUUGGAUAAUGGUAAUUUGAGAUAGAUGAAGGUCUUCCAACAUGUAAACUACUAUCCCGCCCUGUUUGAGGACGGGGACAAUAUGAAUCUUUUCUAGAGCGAUUUACACCAUGGACAAAAAUGUUGUUUUUUCAGUAUUUAAAUGGAUUUUCUUGCUGUCUAUUUGUGCGAUUCCAAUGGCUUGCCUCAAUCCUCUACCUUAAAAAAAAUCCAAAUAUAACCACACCAUGACAUGGAAAGUAAAGAAAACAGAAGAUAAGAAAGGUGCUGAGCAUGGAUCCAUAUUUCUUCUGUGAUUUGAACAAAACCAAUUGUAGCAAGUGAUGAAGACCCAUAAGAAACAUCUCCGUCACCACUCUUCAAACAUGGCAGCUUGGUCAGUGGCCAAGCGUCUUUGUUAGUUUGUUAAACCUGGAGGUUUAGGCAACAAAAGCCUGUGGUUAGAUCUAGGGAAAGACGGUAGUGUAAAGACAGUACAGUUGUUGCAUAGUAGGCUACAUUACAUGUUCAAAUGUAAGUCUACACAGGACUUGAACACAUGUCUUCCUGGAGAAAUUCCUGUGUCUUAGACUCUUACGUUAUGUACUGUUGCUUAACGUAUUAACUUUAAACUGUUAUGUCACUGUUGACUUUUGGGGCUUUUUCUCAAGAAACCCCAAUAUUGUGGCAUGUCAUGGAACUUAUGUAUGUAAAUCUAUAUGGUAUAUCAUAACUUAUGUCAUGUUAAGUAACUCAACAUACUCAGGUAAGUCAAUGUUGACUUGUGAUGUUAUUCUGACCCUACCAUGCACCACAACAAACUUCACGCUUUGUACCUCUUCGCCAUCAUUUUGGGCCAUUGACCAAGCAGCCAUAUUUGAUGAUGUUAGAAAUGAGAAUGAUUGGCAUUCAUAUGAGAUCUGUCAGAGAAUAUUGAGGUUUAACUGUAUAAUGAUUUAAAGAUCACCAUACUUGCAGCUGGAACAAAUUCAGUCUCUCGCUCUGAAACAGAGCAGGAGCUUGAAACUUGCAUUUUCAAUGUGUAGCACAGUGUUCUGACCACUCUUUGGAUCUUCACCGUUGUCUUCACACAUGGAGUUCACUUUCUAAGCUGCCACUCAGAAAGCAGAUAAGAAUGCCCAGAUGUUAUUGUUGUUUUAUCUUAUUCUUAUUCAAGCAUUUUCUAUUCUUACUGUGUAUGUGCCCAACCAAGUAAAAUUUAGAUAUUGUUUAUCGAAUAAAGUAUUUUAAAAUCAAAGAUUGA